AUGACCGGUAAAACAAAGUAUCGUUUUCUUAUUUCAAGCAUCGAUGCAUUCGGACACAUCAACUGCACACUUGCUUUGGGCGAAAUCCUUGCUUCAUACGGUCAUGAAGUAACAUUUGCUAAUCGUCUUCACCACAAGAAGCUUGCUGAUAAACGAAACUUCAAGUUCAUUCCUUUUGAUGAAAAACUCUUUGAGAAUGUUCGACCUGCCUCAGCACCGGAAUGGUUCGAUGGAUAUUUACACAAAUUUCGUUCUGAUGCAUUAUCAAUCUUCAAAGAUUGGACAUCAGAAGAAAGCGAAAUUUUCGGCUCAAUCGUUAAUGUAUAUAGACGCAACAGUAUUGCAUUAGAAGCUAUAUUCAAAGAAAAUGCAGAUAAUUUCGACUUGUUCAUUGGUGAUUUCGUUAUGAUGAAUCCAGCCUUUCAUAAAGCACCUUUUCCAUGUGCACUGCUUCUCUCAAUGAACCCACUUCCUCUCUAUCCUAAUGGACCUCCAGCAUGGUCAGGUUUUUCAGUGAAGGAAAAAGACACUGAAAAGUGGAGUAAAUUCAGAGAGUUGGGCGGUGUUGCUUCAAAAAUUUUCCGUGAAAAUUUAUAUUCUUGGUGGCGAUCUACUGGAACUCCUUUGCCUACUAUUCAAGAUGCGACACUCGAGAAUUGGUUUUAUGCUGAACCUGAACAACUUGGAAUUUAUCAUUAUCCUGAACUUUUAGAUUACCAUGAAAUAGGUCCAAUAAAGUCUGAUAAAUGGAUUCGUUUGGAUUGUGCUAUUCGCGAACCAGAUAAUGUGGAACCAUUUGUUAUCCCUGAAUCAUUGAAGCAUUUACCAGGAAAAUUGAUUUACUUUUCACUGGGUUCAUUAGGGUCAGUUCAAAUAGAUUUGAUGAAAAGUUUCAUUAAAAUCUUAUCGAAAUGUCCUCAUCGUUUCAUCGUCUCUAAAGGCCCGAAAGGAGAUCAACUUGAAUUAGGACCAAACAUGUGGGGUGAGAAUUACGUCAAUCAAAUAGGUAUUCUUGAGGUUGUUGAUUUGGUUAUAACUCAUGGAGGCAACAAUACAUUUUUGGAAACAAUUUAUGCUGGAAAACCUUUGAUUGUAAUUCCCUUUUUCAUGGAUCAACCUGAUAAUGCUCAACGAGCAGUUGACUGUGGAAUCGGUUCUCGAAUCAAUCUUUAUGAAAUUGAUGAAGUGAAAGUUUUAAAAACUAUUGAAGAAACAUUAUCGAACCCAUCAUAUGCUGACAAGAUAGCAAAAAUAUCUGCUUCCAUGAAAUCACCGGAAAACAGAGAUAAUAUUGUCAAAAAGAUAGAAAAUUUCCUCGAAAAUUAUCAAAAUAGAUCAACUAAUUAA